UCGGUACACCCGACACCAAUACCUUCCCCAACACACGUUUUCGAGUAAUUGAAUUGGAGAAAUAGUUUGGAGCCCAUCAUUACGAGUAUUCAAUUAUACUCCACGGGACAACUCAAUUAUAAUCACGCGUGGUCAGACGCGGGGAACAUUUUUAGAGUCAAUCUGUUCAAUUGAAGAAAUUUAUUGAAUUCCUCAAUUGAUGCCGUUCUUGUUCUUCUGUUCGUCGUGGUUUUAUAUCCUCUAAUUGAUGGUAUUGUGUAAGUAGUCAUGGAAUCCGUAGCAUCCACUUGGUAGUCACCAACGAGUUUAUUCACGACGUUUCAUUUGCGUCGAAAUGUAAAUACGAUAUUCAAACAUUAGGCCAACUCACUGCCAACUCGCACACUUGGUGGUGCUCCAGUGUGCGUUCAGUUUUUAUUUGGGUUUCAUAAAGUAUGCGUGAGGUUAUUGUCACGGAUCGUGUUUAGUGGAUUAUCUGAGAUAUGGAGGGGAGUAAGAUGAGGGAUACCUGUCAUUUUCAAGUUGUGCCCACUGAGGAGGUGAAGAUCGCUAGGAGUAGAGCCAUGGAGAUUAUUUUGGCUGAUCUUGGUGAAAAGGUACCGUAUCUUCAGUGUCUGCUUCGACCGGAGUAUGCGUCAUAUUUCAGUACAGCCGGUACCGUGCUUCUUGGCUGGAUAGUGGUGUGUUGGUUCUUGAACCUCAUUUGGACUUUCUUGGCUCCUUUGACCAUCAGUCUUCUCGGAGUGAUCAUCGUUUGUCCAAGUACAGCCAAGUGGAUGUUGAAACAAUUGGGUCCGACAGUGGAAAGUGCACUCAAGGAAUUCUUCACGAGGGUACAAUCAUCGUUAUCCGAAGGAUGAUAGAACACUACAUCUCACGUCCAUGUGUCGCUCAACAGAAAAUUUAUAUGUUAUUCGAUUUCAAUCAAAGUCGUUUUUGACCCCAUU